AUGAGUGAUGAAUGUUGUUAUGUUUGUAAUGAAUGUCCAAAUUCGUAUGCAAGUUUGGAUGAGUUGGAACGGCACAUGGAACAGAUGCAUGCUGGAAUAUUUCGUCCCGAUACAGUUACAGCAAAUGGUACGGCAACAUUACGAUUACCAAAAUCAGAAACAGAUGAGGAUGAUGGACAGUAUUGUUUGAAAAAUGGAACGGAUGAUCAAAAAAUG